GGGAAGCACCACACAAUUGAACUCAACAAUGGCGGGGAGUUGACGGUUGGAGAUAUGAUGAAUGCCGUCGAAAGGGAAUUUAGCAUUCAUCGGUCGAGGCAAAGGCUUAUAUUCAAAGGCAGAUCUCUUAUUGACGAAAGUGCGAAAUUGUCCUCUCUUGGCAUUGAAAUCGGGGCAAAGGUUAUGCUUAUUGGAGGAAGGGAAGUUGCUGACCCUAGUGAAAUCAGGAAGUUGGAUGAACUGGAAGUCUCUCUCAAGUCUAUUCAAUCCCAGUUCGCUUCUUUGGAGGCUACUUAUAAUUGCCCUACCUCUUCCGCUGACCACAGUGUCAGAAAAAAACAGACGAAAGGCAUCAAAGCUGUUACCGAACAAUGCAUGAUGAACUUGGAGAAAGCGGAUUCAAUUGUGCUUCCAGACCUGAUUAUAUCGGCUGAAGAACUUCAAUUAGAGCUGGACUGUGUGUACAAUGAUCCAUCAAUCUCAGACUCAAGCAAGUAG